GAGAGGAUUUUCUUUUCUAUGGCUCUUUAUUUAAACCAACAUUUAUGUAGGCCGCAGUAUUGUGAUCUAUUUGUCCAUGGGCGAGGUUGAUGGGUUUUAUUUAACAAAUUAUGUGAUUCAGUAGCAUACUGAAAGGGUCCUGGAAACGCCUGCGCUUAUGCAUCUCUGGCGGUUGUGUUUCAUUGGGGUGGAGCUAGAGACCAUUGACACGUAAGAAUCCUGCUUUAAUUUUAUGGAAGAGGCUACGUAGGCCUACAUCUUUUUAGUAGCGAAGAAUGGUAUUUUUUAAUAUAGCCAGCUACUAAUAUUUUUUAUUUGGUUUGAUGUACAUAAUUAUCCAACGCGACUAAAUUAGGCUGUAGAAAGGGCCUACAUAGUCGACGUUGAGAAUGAGAUUCUCAAUGUUUAUUUCUCUGCUGAGGCCGAUCGGGCCGGUUAUUAUCGGUAUUUCUUUGGGAUUUACCUUAAGUUUACUUAGUGUGAAUUGGGUGGAGGAGUCUUGUUUCCUCAACGGGAAAGCGAGUGAAGAAAUAAGUUUGUCCCAAGACGGGAAUUCAAAAGGAGCAAGGAGACCCAAUUCGAUAUCGACGGUCAAAGAUGUGGACGCCGAGGAAGAUUUUGAGCCAAGAAUAGUGCCAUAUAAACCUGUCCAACAAAGCAAACCAAAUAAACUUUUUCGGGCUAAGUACAUCAGUACAGAGCUGGGGAUCCGGCAGCGCCUCUUCGUAGGGAUCCUGACGUCCAAAAGCACCAUCAACACAUUGGGAGUAGCCGUGAACCGCACCAUCAGCCACCACCUGGACACUGUCGUCUUCUUCACCGGCAUGCGCAACCGCAAAGUGCCCCACGGCAUGUUCGUGGUCACCCAUGGAGACGAGAGGCUCAUAUGGAACAUGUUCCAGACCAUCAAGUACAUCUUGGAGCACUAUGUCCAUGAGUAUGACUGGUUCUAUCUGGCCCAGGACGACACCUACACCGAGGCAGACCGGAUCAAACAGCUGGUGGCUCACCUGAGCAUGGACCGGGAGCUUUACAUGGGCAGCCCUGAGGAGUUUAUAGGUGGUGAGAUGGAGGGGAGGUACUGCUACGGUGGUUUCGGAUACAUUCUCUCCCGUACCCUGUUGCUCCGGCUCAAACCCUUCCUGGAGAACUGUAGGAAUGACAUCCUGAGCGCCAGGCCUGACGAGUGGCUGGGCAGAUGCAUCAUUGAUUAUGCCAACACCAACUGUGUGGAUGAGCAUGAGGGGCUGCAAUACUACCAUUACGAGAUGGGCAAGAACUCAGAUCCGAGUAAGGAGGACAAUAUGCAGUUUAAAAAUGCCUUGACUGUCCACCCGGUGUCUGACCCUGAGCAGAUGUAUAGACUACACAAGCACUUCACUGAGAUCGAACUGCAGAGGACAUACGAUGAGAUUGAGAAGCUGCAGACGGAGAUAAAGAAUGUGAGUGAAGUGGCUUAUGAUGGCAACCGGAACGCCCAGUGGCCCAUUGGGAUCAAUCCUCCCUUUGAGCCCAAGUCUCGCUUCGAGGUCCUUCGAUGGGACUACUUCACAGAGGAACAGGUGUAUUCAUGCAUCGACGGCUUCCCCAAGUGUGAACUGCGCGGUAUUGAUCGUUUGGACGUGGCCGACGUCAUCGAGAUAGCCAUGGGGGAGCUGAACAAGAAGUACAAGCCUGUCCUCCACUUGAAGAAGCAGCAGCUGAUCAAUGGCUACCGGCGCUUCGACCCCACUCGGGGCAUGGAGUACACCCUGGACCUGCAGCUGGAGGUAGUCAACCAGAAAGGUCACAGUAGCUCCAUCACCAAGAGGGUCCACCUGGUGCGUCCCCUGAGUCGCAUCGAGAUCAUCCCCAUGCCUUAUGUCACAGAGGCCACCAGAGUUCACAUCAUCUUACCGCUGAACGUUCAGGAUCGAGAUUACGUCAACCAUUUUCUUGAAGUGUUGGCCGCAAAUUCAUUUGAGACCAGUGAAAACGCCAUCUUGACUUUCCUGUUCAUCUACGACCCAUUCGAGGCCCAGCAGGUCAACCAGAAUGACAUCUUCGCCAGUGUUAAAACCCAGAUCAAUGCCUACGAACGCAAGUAUCCAACGGUGAAGAUCCCGUGGAUAAGUGUCAAGACCGAAACCCCCUCUCAAAUCAAAUUCAUGGACAUCAUCUCGAAGAAGCACCCAGUAGACACUCUGUUCUUCAUCACUAACGUCAACACCAACGUCAACUCAGAGUUCCUCAACCGAUGCCGCAUGAACUCCAUCAACAACUGGCAGGUGUUCUUCCCAAUCCACUUCCAGGACUACAACCCAGACAUUGCCUUCCAUAACCAGGAGCCCCCACCCUCAGUAGACCUGGUCAAGGACGCCGGACACUUUGACCGCAGUUCGUUCGAGGAGGCGUGCUUCUACAACACUGACUACAUGGCGACGCGCACACGCAUGGCCUCCGACGUGCAGGAGAACGAGGAGAUCCUGGAGACCUUGGAUAUCUACGAUAUGUUUGUCAGGUACUCAACCCUGCAUGUGUUCAGGGCUGUGGAGCCAGCCUUGCACCAGAAGUACCACUACCAGGCCUGUAACCCUCGGCUCAGUGAGGACAUCUACCACAGGUGUGUCCAGAGCAACCUGGAUGGCCUGGGAGCCCGUUCCCAGCUCGCCAUGCUGUUAUUUGAACAAGAACAAGGAAAUAGCACUUGAUCACACCUCGCUUAGAAACUUCACCUUGAAUGUGUGUGUGAUUGGGUGUAUGUGAAUGUGUGUGUGCAUGUUUGUGUGUUUGCGUGCGUGUGAUUGUGUGCAUGUCUGUUUUAAAACUAGUGCAGUACAUUCCUAUUUUUUUUUUUUUACUGAAUACAAAAAACCAUGCUGGAACCAAAUGGGGUGGUUUUGAACAUUGAAAGUAUUUUAAACCUUUGAUUGGUGGUCAUGCAGAGAUGCCUAUACCAAUAUUUUUUAAUAUAUUAGAAAAGUUCUACAUACAUUUGAUGUUGCUCUCAAGGGUAUGACUUUUAACCUGCACAGCUUUUGAUACUUGGUCCUUUGCAGUUUAGUAAUCACUACUAAAGCACAUCUCAAUAUUUGUGCCUUUUAAUGUCUGUCGGUCCUCUUGUAUUUUCAUGUCCCUUGUCACAUCAAGCAAAAAGUAGAUUUACAUGUACACAUUUAUCAAUAUUUGAGGCCUCAUAUUUCCACACUACACAAUUCAUAUUUUAAUGUGUAAGCUGGCAUCUGAAAAAUAGAUUCACUCUACUCAAAGAUGUUAAACGGAAGAAAGCUUUAUGACACUGACGUAAUCAGAUGCACCGUGAGAUUACUGUUAGGUUAAGAGGAUUGGACAUUAUCUGUCGGUACUGUAGGUCCCCGUAGGUGAGAUAGAAAACUACUCCUCUAGGGGUCUCUUUAGGAGGUUGCAGCAUUACACAUUCUUUAAAAAAUAAAAUAAAAAGCAUAUGAUUGUCUGUUAUUUAGAAUAGGAAAUCAUGUCAUCUUUAUCUGUUACAUUUCUAUCUGCAACACUCUAGACAUUUCACCCCUCUGAAUACACGGUUAGAUACUGUACUUUUUCUCUGACCAUAUUGCUGGAGAUUCCUUGAAAAUAACUGAGGUCAACUUUGUGACUGGACUAGUUCACAUAAGUUGCUGGUUUCAGUAUGUACCACACUAAAAUGUCAUCUCAAUAUAUUAAAGUAGCAAUUUGAAAGCAGUUGCAUUUUAAGAAUGUAGUUAUUGAGGGCAAUCAGGAUUGCGGUUUGUAAUGUAUACGUUGGUAGUCAACGUUGUAACAUGAAUAAUAUUACAUUUCUAUUAAAUUUCUAUUGCAUCGGAAUAUACCUGAAGAUAUACAGUUGAAGUCGGAAGUGUAUGUAAAUACACCUUAGCAUUUCAACUCAGUUUUUCACAAUUCCUGACAUUUAAUCCGACAAAAAAUUCCCUGUCUUAGGUCAGUUAGGAUCACCACUUUAUUUUAAGAAUGUGAAAUGUCAGAAUAAUUGUUGUGAUUUUUUUCAGCUUUUAUUUCUGUCAUCACAUUCCCAGUGGGUCAGAAGUUUACAUACACUCAAUUAGUAUUUGGUAGCGUUGCCUCUAAGUUGUUUAACUUGAGUCAAACGUUUUGGGUAGCCUUCCACAAGCUUCCCACAAUAAGUUGUGUAAAUUUUGGCCUAUUCCUCCUUACAGAGCUGGUGUAACUGAGUCAGGUUUGUAGGCCUCCUUGCUCGCACACGCUUUUUCAGUUCUGCCCACAAAUGUUCUAUAGGGUUGAGGUCAAGGCUUUGUGAUGGCAACUCCAAUACCUUGACUUUGUAAUUCCUUUAGCCAUUUUGCCACAACUUUGGAACUAUGCUUGGGGUAAUUGUCCAUUUGGAAGACCCAUUUGUGACCAAGCUUUAACUUCCUGACCUGAUGUCUUGAAAUGUUGCUUCAAUAUAUCCACAUACUUUUCUUUCCUCAUGAUGUGCUCUAUUUUGUGAAGUGCACCAGACCGACCCCCUGCAACAAAGCACCCCCACAACAUGAUUCUGCCUCCCCGGUGCUUCACGGUUGGGAUAGUGUUCUUCAGCUUGCAAGCCUCCCCUUUUUCCUCCAAACACAACGAUGGUCAUUAUGACCAAACAGUUCUAUUUUUGUUUCAUCGGGCCAGAGAACAUUUCUCCAAAAAGUACAAUCUUUGUCCCCAUGUGCAGUUGCAAACCGUAGUCUGGCUUUUUUAUGGCGUUUUUGGAGCAGUAAAACCGUAGUCGGGCGGUUGUAUGGCAAUUCUGGAGCACAACCAGACUUGUGGAGGUCUACAAAACUUCUUCUGAGGUCUUGGCUGAUUUCUUUUGAUUUUCCCAUGAUGUCAAGCAAAGAGGCACUGAGUUUGAAGGUAGGCCUUGAAAUACAUCCACAGGUACACCUCCAAUUGAUUCAACUUAUGUCAAUUAGCCUAUUAGAAGCUUCUAAAGCCAUGACACCAUUUUCUGGAAUUUUCCAAGCUGUUUAAAGGCACAGUGAACUUAGUGUAUGUGAACUUCUGACCCACUGGAAUUGUGAUACAGUGAAAUAAUCUGCCUGUAAACAAUUGUUGGGAAAAUGACUUGUGACAUGCACAAAGUACAUGUCCUAACAAACUUGCCAAAACUAUAGUUUGAUAAGACAUUUGUGGAGUGGUUGUAAAACCUGUUUUAAUGACUCCAACCUGAGUGUAUGUAAACUUCCGACUUCAACUGUACAUAGUUUGAAUAUUGACAUUUCCCUGCAACAUUUCUGCCAAGUUAUAAUAAUAAUUACAAUUAUUAUUAUAAUUAUUGUGUGUAUAUGUACAUUUCCAUGGUACCACAUUGUAGCCCUCAAUAUGUAAUAGUUUGGCAUCAAGCAAAUAGCUGUACACUGCAAUUUCCACUCAGUAUAGUGCAAACAGAGGCCUUUUGAGUGGGUGCAGCAGGUACCAGUAACCUGAGAAGUAAAAUAUGUGCAAUACUGUAGAGAUAUAUAUAUAUAACUGUCCAUUCAAGGACAGGGAUUUUAUUUGUUUGACAUGUGUUGCAAAUUGAGAAUAUGUUCUAAAGUUAUAUUUAUAAAGCUUAUACCAAGCCAAUAUCCUUUGUAACACUGAAUGUGACAUGGCCUACAUUUAUGGUAGACAGUGAAAUGACGUUGCAACGAGUAGCAGCGCAGAUGUUGCGAUGAGACGCAAGACUUUGUUCUCAUACAGUCACACAUAGUAUCUGCGCGUGUGUCUGGGUUCGUACGGGACGAAACUGCUGAGAAGUUUAGCCUCGCGCUUCAACGCUCUUAUUUGUUGCGGAAGUUGACCCACUAUGUUGUUGACUUUGUGCAUCUUAUGUCCUUUCGCUGAGUCUACAGUACCUUUUUUAAGACUUUACUGACAUUACUGUUUUGUGUAUAAAUUAAUACACUACAUUUUAAAGAUUUGAUUUGUAUUAUACUGAAAGAAAUACUAUGGACACUGAAUCUAUCAUGAAAUGAAUACAUACUAAAAAGAAACAACCAAAUGCCCUUGUAAAUCUACAUGUACAGUGCCUUCAGAAAGUGUUCACACCCUUUUUUACUUUUGUGUAACUGAUCUACACAAUACUCCAUAAUGUCAAUGUGGAAUUUGGUUUGUGGAACAUUUUAGAAAGGAAUAAAAAAAUGAAAAGUCAAUAAGUAUUCAACCCCUUUGUUAUGGCAAGCAUAGAUAAGCACAUUUUUACUCCUGAACUUAACGAAUCACGUAAGUUGCAUGGACUCAUUCUGUGUGCAAUAAUAGUGUUUAACAUACUUUUUGAAUGCUACCUCAUCUCUGUACCCCACACAUACAAUGAAUUAUAUGUAACUUCCCUCAGUCGAGUAGUGAAUUUCCAACACAGAUUCAACCACAAAGAUGUGGGAGGUUUUUCAAUGCCUCACUAAUUACACUUUGGAUGGUGUAUCAAUACACUCGAAAGAUACAGCCGUCCUUCCUAACUCAGUUGCUGGAGAGGAAGGAAACUGCUAAGGGAUUUCACUAUGAAGCCAAUGGUGAUUUUAAAAUGGCUGUGAUAGGAAAAACUAAGGAUGGAUCAACAAUGUAGUUACUCCCCAGUACUAGCCUAAUUGAGUGAAAGGAAACCUGUGCAGAAAAAAACUAUUCCAAAACAGGCAUCCUGUUUGUAAUAAGGCACUAAAGUAAUACUGCAAAAAAUGUGGCAAAGCAAUUAACUUUUUGUCCUGAAUACAAAGUGUCAUGUUUGGGGAAAAUCCAAUAAAGCACAUUAUUGAGUACCACCAUCCAUAUUUUCAAGCAUAGUGUUGGCCGCAUCAUGUUAUGGGUGUGCUUGUAAUUGUUAAGGACUGGGGAGUGUUUUCUGGAUAAAAAAAGAAACGGAAUGGAGCUAAGUACAGGCAAAAUCCUAGAGGAAAACCUGGUUCAGUCUGCUUUCCACCAGACACUGGGAGAUUAAUUCACCUUUCAGCAGGACAAUAACCUAAAACACAAGGCCAAAUUUACGCUGGAGUUGCUUACCAAGAAGACAGGGAAUGUUCCUUUAGUUGCCGAGUUAGUUUAUUUACUUAGACAACCAAAAAAAGUAGAUUUAACAAUGAAUAUUGUUCUCUAGCAAUGAACAACAACCAAAUUGACAGAGCUUGAAGAAUAUUGAAAAGAAUAAUGGAAAAAUGUUGCAAAAUCCAGGUGUGGAAAGCUCUUAGAGACUUAUCCAGAAAGACUCUCAGCUGUAAUCACUGCCAAAGGUGCUUCUACAAAGUAUUGACUCAGGGGUGUGAAUACUUGUGUAAUUGAGAUUUCUGUAUUUCAUUACAAAUUAUCACAUUUUGAAUUCAGUCUAACACAAGAAAAUGUGGAAUAAUUUGAGGGGUAUGAAUACUUUCUGAAAGCACUGUAUAUGAUUUUCCAAGAGGUUUUGUAAUUGCAUCCAAAAUAUGCAUGUCUAUUUUGCUAGAGACCAUUUGAGAUUACAAUACAUUAUGCAAAUUCAGAAUGAUGAAGCUCAAAUAGAGAUUUCCAUUGUUUCCCUUGUAUCUGAUGUGUGUAAAUAUAAUAUGUAAGGGAUAAUCCACGAGGGGCUAUGCGUUCUAUGAAAAAUAAUGAACAACGUGGAAGGUGUGACCUUCCACGGAGUUGCAUUAUUUUCCAGAGAAUGCAUAGAGCCCCGAGUUGAAUAUCCCUUUUAUACCAUGGCUAUAAUUUAACAUAUUUGCCACUAGAAAUGUGUUAAUUUGCCUGUAGAAAUGUGUUCAACAUCCACUGAAGUAGCUAGCAAGUUUACUAGAUGGCUAGUUGCCAUGGUCACCAAACAGACUUGCUAGUUUAGCUAACCAAACCAAUCAGUCCUAGCUUGUUAUUAUGAAAAUCGAAUUCAACAAUACCAAUACUGUUUUCAAUUUGACUUUUGCUUUCAAAAGCAACUAAAAAAACAUGUACAAAUGAGCUAUUGCCAUUGAAUUCUACUGAGCAAAUAUAGCAUGUGUUAUUUAAGCAAUAAGUCAUGAGGGGGUGUGGUAUAUGGCCAAUAUACCAUUACUUGUGGAGUGCUUGGAUACAGCCCUUAGCUGUGGUAUAUUGGUCAUAUACCACAAACACCCAAAGGUGCCUUAUUGCUAUUAUAAACUGGUUACAAACGUCAUAAAAAAAAACAUUUGUCAUACCCGUGAUAUACCACGGCUGCCAGCCAAUUGGCAUUUAGGGCUCGAACCACCCAUUUUAAAGAGGCAAAUAAUGCCCACUCUAGGAUGCCCUUUGAGCCAAUCUGGAAGGACUAUUCAACAAUGCCAUGGUAUGUCAUCUAAUUGUUAUGACAAAUCUUCAGUUAGUAGCUUUGUUUAGGUGAGGCGAUGGCGUAAUCGACAUUUCCUGCUUUGCAUUUUACACUGUUGACUAUUCUCUGUUUACUAGCAGUGUAAGUAUUGGAUUCAGUCGUUUGAAGUGUCCAGUGUAUGUUUCUAAUGGUAGUGUUAACCUAACUCAUUAUUAAUCUAAUUGAGAAACAGUGACCAAUUGGAAAUUCAAUCCAUAUCCUCCCCAUAAAGCAGCUGACCCAAGUCUGUCCAGACCUAUAUUAAAAAGGUCCUGUGUACAGCACAAGCUGUAAAUUAUCCCCCCCCCCCCCGUCUACAGGACAUCCGUUACAAAACAAACCACCGCAGAACACUUCCAAUCUACAAAUGGAAAAUGAAAUAAGCAUUGGUAAAUAUUCUGUUACAAACAUGUUCCAUGUCAUAUUACUGAGUACAUCACUAUUGUGUAGAUACAAGACUCAAUGGUGUACUGAAAUCCUCAAUGAACUGUGAAUUAUGGUAAUGAUGGAAUAAACAACUAAAGUGUGAA